AUGAGGCUAGCGCCAAAAAUUAUAGUACAGGCUCGUCCUCAGUUCACAGUGACCCCUCAGGACCAGUCUGUGCUGGAGGGUCAUACAGUUGAGUUUCCCUGCGAGGCCAGCGGCUAUCCUCAGCCUGUCAUAGCAUGGACUCGCGGCGGCAGCUCCCUGCCUAAUGACAGACGGCACGUUGUUCUCUCAUCGGGAAGCUUGCGCAUCAGCCGCGUGGCCCUUCAUGACCAGGGCCAGUACGAGUGCCAGGCGGUCAGUCCUGUUGGCACUGUCAGAGCAGCUGUUCAUCUAAACAUCCUGCAAACCGUAACGCCUGUUUUCACAAGUGCUCCAAGGGAUACGACUGUGGAGUCUGGAUCAGAUGUCCAGAUUCCGUGCAGUGCGCAGGGUGAGCCCACACCUAUCAUCACAUGGAGCAAGGAUGGAGUCCAGAUUACAGAGAGUGGGAAGUUUCAUAUCAGUCCAGAUGGCUAUCUGGAAGUGCAUGACGUGGGGCUUGCCGAUGGGGGACGUUAUGAGUGUGUAGCCCGCAACUCCAUUGGAUAUUCCUCAUCUAGUAUGGUGCUAACAGUGCAAGUCCCGCAAGUGAGCAGGGAGGGUGAUCCGUUUGUCUCGACGUCUCUUGAAGAGGCCAUUCGGAGCAUAAACAGCGCAAUAGACUCCACCAGGAGGCAGCUCUUUGACGGAUCUCCUCGUACCCCUGCCGAGCUUCUGGCUCUGUUUCGUUACCCCCGGGACCCCUACACAGUGGAGCAGGCCAGAGCUGGAGAGAUUUUUGAGCAGACCCUACUUCUCAUCCAGAGGCAUGUGAAUCAGGGCCUCAUGGUGGACACUAAUGGAACAGCCUACCGCUACAAUGACUUGGUGUCGCCACGUUUCCUGGAUAUGAUAGCUAACCUGUCUGGCUGCACGGCCCAUCGACGCUUCAACAAUUGCUCAGAUAUCUGCUUCCACCAGAAGUAUCGCACCCACGAUGGCACUUGCAACAACCUGCAGCACCCUAUGUGGGGCGCCUCACUCACUGCUUUUGAGCGCUUACUAAAGCCCGUCUAUGACAAUGGCUUCAAUCUCCCGCGUGGCGCCACUGAACGAAGGCAUAACAGCUUCCCUCUGCCUCUUCCACGCCUGGUCUCCACCACCAUGAUUGGGACGGAGACCAUCACCCCAGAUGAUCGCUACACACACAUGCUUAUGCAAUGGGGCCAGUUCCUUGACCACGACCUGGAUUCAACCGUUGUAUCCCUCAGCCAGUCUCGUUUCUCUGAUGGACAGUUGUGUACCUCGGUGUGCACCAAUGACCCACCUUGUUUUCCAAUCAUGUUCCCUCCUGACGAUCAUCGGCAGCGGCGCAACGGAGCACGUUGCAUGUUCUUUGUGCGCUCUAGUCCUGUUUGCGGCAGUGGAAUGACCUCUCUGCUUAUGAACUCUGUGUAUCCACGCGAGCAGAUGAACCAGCUCACCUCCUACAUCGAUGCCUCCAAUGUUUACGGCAGCUCACAGCAUGAGACAGAAGAGAUCCGUGACUUGGCCAGCCAUCGGGGCAUGUUGCGGCAGGGUAUUGUGCAACGCACCGGCAAGCCAUUGCUCCCCUUUGCAACUGGCCCACCAACAGAGUGCAUGCGGGACGAAAACGAAAGUCCCAUUCCUUGCUUCCUAGCUGGGGACCAUCGUGCAAAUGAGCAGCUUGGGUUGACGGCUAUGCACACGGUUUGGUUUCGUGAACAUAACCGCAUAGCCAGCGAGUUGCUACGUCUCAACCCCCAUUGGGAUGGCGACACCAUUUACCAUGAGGCACGAAAGAUAGUCGGAGCCCAAAUGCAGCAUAUAACCUACAGCCAUUGGUUGCCCAAAAUACUGGGCGAGGCUGGCAUGAGGCUAAUGGGUGACUAUAAUGGCUAUAAUCCCAAUAUUAAUGCUGGCAUCCUCAAUGCUUUUGCCACUGCUGCCUUCCGCUUUGGCCAUACGCUCAUUAACCCCAUUCUGUACCGGCUCGACGAAAACUUUCAGCCCAUCCAGCAAGGACACAUUUCGCUGCAUAAGGCUUUUUUCUCACCUUUCCGUAUUGUGAACGAAGGAGGCAUCGAUCCUCUGCUCCGUGGCUUGUUUGGAGUGGCGGGGAAAAUGCGAGUGUCCACUCAACUGCUUAACACCGAACUUACCGAACGCCUUUUCUCGAUGGCGCACUCCGUGGCGCUUGACCUUGCUGCCAUGAAUAUCCAAAGGGGACGUGACCACGGUAUGCCACCUUACAAUGACUACCGGGUGUUCUGCAACCUGACGUCCGCGCAGACAUUUGAUGAUCUAAGGAAUGAGAUUCAGAACCCCAGCGUGCGAGAAAAGCUUCAAAGGCUGUAUGGCACACCUCAGAAUAUUGACCUGUUUCCUGCGCUGAUGGCUGAAGAGCUGGUGCCUGGCAGCAGACUGGGACCGACCCUCAUGUGUUUACUGGCAACCCAAUUCAAGCGUCUCAGAGAUGGUGACCGGUUUUGGUAUGAGAACCCUGGGUCCUUUAGCCCUGCUCAGUUGACGCAACUGAAGCAGACGUCUCUCGCCCGGGUGCUGUGUGACAAUAGUGACAACAUCACCCGAGUCCAGUCAGAUGUCUUUAGCGUGGCUAAAUUCCCUCACGGUUAUGGAAGCUGUGACGAUUUACCAAAGAUUGACCUCCGUAUGUGGCAGGACUGCUGUGAAGACUGCCGUACUAAAGGUCAGUUCAACGCCCUGUCGUACCACUUCAGAGGCCGCAGGUCAGCCGAGCACAGCUAUGCAGAGGAGAAACCUGCCAGCAACCUCACCGACAACAGCAGCGCUUUGGAAGAAGCUCUAACUGCAGUAAACAUAACUGUAUCACCAAAGUCAAGCACUGAACCCUCCAUUAAGGAUUUCCAAGACUUUGUUGCUGACAUGCAGAAAACUAUCACAAGUUUACGAAAACAGAUAAAAAGACUUGAAGGCCGUCUGAGCAGGACAGACUGUGCAGAUGAGGACGGGAGAGAGCGAGUAGAUGGAGAGAGUUGGAAGAAGAACCCCUGCACCACCUGUCAGUGUCAUGAGGCCCAGGUGACGUGUUUCGUGGAAAAGUGUCCGCAGACAGCAUGUCUGAAGCCAGUGAUGCCCAAAGGCUCAUGCUGCCCCGUGUGCCUCAACCAGCCGUCACAACCGCAGGAUAACGAGCGCCACGUAUAACCUCGGGACACUUAACCAAUGUGACCUUGAGCUCAUGCCUCCAUUUGUACGAUAGUUGCGUUUCAGGGUUUUUUGUUGUUUGUCAUGUAUUGGUAUUUUUGUUUGCAUAUCCUCAGAUGCCCUAAACAAAGAACCAAAAAUACACUGCCUUAAAAAGUGUUUGAACAGAUGAAUGUUGGGGCCCUGUUUUCCUCCUCAGGCAUGUUAACCGGGAGGCGACUACCCAAAGUGUUCACGAGGAUGGGCGGCUCCGGUCCUGGAGGGCCACUUUCCUGCAGAGUUCAGCUCUUAUCACUAAUCGAACACACCAAACCAAAGUCUUGAAAAUUACAGUCAGUUGCAUUCUAAAAAUAUUUAUGUUUAAAUCUGAGAUUUACAUAUUUGAAUUGCAUAUAAAAUGUCUGUGCAUUUGGACUGCUAGUAGCGUCAAUGCGAUACAUAUUUGUCAGUUAUACUUCAAUGAAACGGGUAAGAUUUCUAAACUGAAUACACAGUAACCAGGUUUAUAUAUUUAUGAUCGUUACAUUUAAUGUGUUUCAAUCUCAUACAUUCUAACUAGCUGAUUAUUGCUUGUUCCAGAGGUAAUCAUAUUUUAACCAUGUUCAUACUUAUAAUAAAUGUAAUUGUUUUCACCA